CUGGCUUUUAACGAGCAACGUCUUUUUGUAAGGUUGAUCCGGUUCAUUUAUUCACAACAUUAUGUUGUUACGGGAAUAUCACGGUGACCUAUUUAGCAUUGAGCGGAAAUUUGAAACCAAAAACAUCAAGAGCAAUUUACUUACCUCGCUGUCUGGGCGUCAGUGAAGUAGACGCGUGCACGGAGCGACUCCCGAACGCGCGCAUACAUAUACAAAUACACACGCAGACACACGCCGCGUCUGAGUUGUGCCCAUUUUGCUCUCCGUGAUGGCGCAGUGUUGAUCUGCUCCUGGACUUUCAUAACCACUGUCACUCCGACCUGGCACCAAUGGAUCGUCCGUUGUAUGUGGUGGAUGGGCAGAACCUUCCCCUGGUUCUGCUCGAAUUCCUCCAAGGAGGAUGCAAAAGCGCUGACUACAAUGUGGCUCUUGCAACGCUAAAAAGAAAUCUGAGCAUAAAUUGUAAUCAAAUGCUGAACGACGAUGGGGACAUCGAAUGUGACGGACACAUGUCCCACGACUCCAUUGCUCUGGAUUUGGCUGAUAUUCGGCCAGAUGUGAACCUGAAUGUAAAUCAUGCACAGGCAGCCGUUGUCCAGCAGGUGGCGGCCGAUCUGAGACAAAUCGCUGCCCGGUUUGAACAUGAUAUCAUUGCUCAGGCAACACAAAAUCUACAGAGGAAUAUGAAGUCUUCGCCUUAUGAGCGAUGGGCCGAGCACCUGAGCCGGGAGGUGGAGAGUGCAAUUGGACGGGGAGUGUGUCUCCAAGAUCUCCCCCAGGAGCGGGUCAUCAUGGCUGUCAGUCUGACCCUGGUGAAAGGCGUGUGUGAGCGGGCGCCACACAUGCUUCAGAGCCUUUUUCAUGUGGCACUGCAGUUCAUCAGCUACUCAGGGAGGAGGUGACCUGAUGGCACAUCUCCAAUCACCCUUCCGUCUGAACUAUGAUAUAUAAACUUUUACUUGAAAAAAAAACAAACACUGAUCAGUGUUAGCAUUCAUCCAUUAAAUUACAUUUGACGUUCAGUAUGCAUUUUGUUUGUUAAAUAUGUUUGUACUGUUUAUUUUCCUAUACGAUGUUUGUCAAAGCACAACUAAUAAAACAUUGAAACGGUGUAAAUGAGUGCGAAUGCUCUGUGUUGCAAGAACAUAUAGUUUGAACCACACACACUGAUGGUGUUCUAUUCUAUAGAUGAAAAUUGGCUCAGUUAUGAUGUACACACAAAAAUACUUUAGGGUGAGAGCUUUAAUCUUCAAUUAACGUAAAACGAAAAGCACAAGUAUACACCGACAUACCGUCCAAAUGCAGGAGGGCAGUGAAACCCAAAGUCUGUUCUAUGUAACAUUUCAUCAUGUGUGCAAGCAUCUUGUUUGACAUUGGAACGGGAGACGAAGGAAAGAGGAGGAAGACGCAAAAUCCCACUCACUCUGCCUGACUAAGAGACAGUCAUGACUGAGGGAAAGUUUUGAGAGAGGAAAUGUGUUUCUCUUUGUGUUUGCACCAACAACCCUGUAGCUAGGUUGUGUGAUUGUCAGUUAGAGGCAUGGUUUGUGUUCUAUUUAUUUCUACCCAAAAAAAAAAACACAUUCUAAACCCCUGAGAAGUGAAUCUACUUUCUCCGGUAACUGAUGACUCCAUAGACCACGACACCAGCCAGUGCCACCAAAGCCGCUCCCCCGUAGAUCAGUGCUGGGAGCUCACACUGCGACUCCGCCUGGGCUGCCGGCUCCAUGACCGGGGGCUGCAUGGGGGUC